AUGGCGGAGAAUUGGAAGAACUGCUUCGAGGAGGAGCUCAUCUGCCCCAUCUGCCUGCACGUCUUCGUGGAGCCGGUGCAGUUGCCCUGCAAACACAACUUCUGCCGGGGCUGCAUCGGCGAGGCGUGGGCCAAGGAUAGCGGCCUGGUGCGCUGCCCGGAGUGCAACCAGGCCUACAACCAGAAGCCGGGCCUGGAGAAGAACCUGAAGCUCACCAACAUCGUGGAGAAGUUCAACGCCCUGCAUGUGGAGAAGCCGCCCGCGGCGCUGCACUGCGUGUUCUGCCGCCGCGGCCCCCCGCUGCCCGCGCAGAAGGUCUGCCUGCGCUGCGAGGCGCCCUGCUGCCAGUCCCACGUGCAGACGCACCUGCAGCAGCCCUCCACCGCCCGCGGGCACCUCCUGGUGGAGGCGGACGACGUGCGGGCCUGGAGCUGCCCGCAGCACAACGCCUACCGCCUCUAUCACUGCGAGGCCGAGCAGGUGGCUGUGUGCCAGUACUGCUGCUACUACAGCGGCGCGCAUCAGGGACAUUCGGUGUGCGACGUGGAGAUCCGGAGGAAUGAAAUUCGGAAGAUGCUGAUGAAGCAGCAGGACCGACUGGAGGAGCGAGAACAGGACAUUGAGGACCAGCUGUACAAACUCGAAUCAGACAAGCGCCUGGUGGAGGAGAAAGUCAGCCAGCUUAAGGAGGAAGUGCGGCUGCAGUAUGAGAAGCUGCACCAGCUGCUGGACGAGGACCUGCGGCAGACGGUGGAGGUCCUGGACAAGGCCCAGGCCAAGUUCUGCAGUGAGAAUGCAGCGCAGGCGCUGCACCUUGGGGAACGCAUGCAGGAGGCCAAGAAGUUGCUGGGCUCCCUGCAGCUGCUCUUUGAUAAGACAGAGGAUGUCAGCUUCAUGAAGAACACCAAGUCUGUGAAAAUCCUAAUGGACAGGACCCAGACCUGCACAGGCAGCAGCCUUUCUCCCCCUAAGAUCGGCCACCUGAACUCCAAGCUCUUCCUGAAUGAGGUGGCCAAGAAGGAGAAGCAGCUGCGGAAGAUGCUAGAAGGCCCCUUCAGCACACCGGUGCCCUUCCUGCAGAGCAUCCCCCUAUACCCUUGCGGCGUCAGCAGCUCUGGGGCAGAGAAGCGCAAGCACUCAACGGCCUUCCCAGAGGCCAGUUUCCUUGAGACCUCGUCGGGCCCUGUGGGCAGCCAGUAUGGGGCAGCAGGCACGGCCAGCAGCGAGGGCCAGUCAGGGCAGCCCCUGGGGCCCUGCAGCUCCACACAGCACUUGGUGGCCCUGCCGGGUGGCACCCAACCAGUACACUCAAGCCCUGUGUUCCCCCCUUCACAGUACCCCAAUGGCUCUGCCGCUCAGCAGCCCAUGCUCCCCCAAUAUGGUGGCCGCAAGAUUCUCGUCUGUUCUGUGGACAACUGUUACUGUUCUUCCGUGGCCAACCAUGGCGGCCACCAGCCCUACCCUCGCUCCGGCCACUUCCCCUGGACAGUGCCCUCUCAGGAGUACUCGCACCCGCUCCCACCCACACCCUCCGUCCCCCAGUCCCUUCCUGGCCUGGCAGUCAGAGACUGGCUUGACGCCUCCCAGCAGCCUGGCCACCAGGAUUUCUACAGGGUGUAUGGGCAGCCAUCCACCAAACACUAUGUGACGAGCUAACGCCAGGCAGGUGGUGGGAUGCUGGGGAGUCUUCCCCCCCAGUUCCCAGUGGCUUGAGAAUUAUGCAUUCAGAGACCUGUCCUUCUACCUUCCUAUCCUCCCUACCAUCCUCCUUCACUUCCCAAGUCAUUUCCUUUUGGAUUUUGUUUUGUUUUGGACUUUGUUUUUUGACUUUUCCUUUUCCUUUUUUAUGACUCUCGUGGACGUAGAGGUGACAUUGGGAGCUGGCCUGGGCAGCAGUUAGUUCUGGAGCUGGGGAAAUCCUUUACCUCAAAGGCUCUGAGCGCCCCCCCCCCCCCCCCCGUCUCCUUUUUCUUCCACUCCUUCCUCUCCCGGUAGCUGGAAGGAGCCUCAGUUUGCCCUAAAGCCUUGGAGGGGAGUGGGGGUCCACCCUUCCUCACCCAUCCCUAGGGGGGAAAAGACCAGUGCCCACUGGCCUGAUUCACCUCGUUUUUCUUCUGGGCAGUUUUGAUCACUGACUAAGGAAUGACCUGUAGAUUGUGGAUUUUUUUUUUUUUUUAAUAUUUUUAAAAACCAGGAAUGAUUUCUCCAGUUCCUCUCACUGUCCUCCCUGAUGGAGUUCAAAGGCCACUUCUGAAGCAGCUUUUGGCACCUUCAGCCUCUGAGUGGAAUCUUAAAGACAGGAAACCCCACAUCCAGGAAAAGGGCACAAAGAACUUUGCCAAUGAUAGUGACCACAGCAGAAGCAAAUAAUAAUAUUAUUAAUAAUAAUAAAGAGAAAUAAAAUAAAUAAUAAUAAUAAUUAAAAAAACAGCACAGCCCUUGUCGAGGUGAGCUGGGGAGGAGGGGCUGCCUGAGUUGGGUUCCUGGCCUGGAUUUUUGACACAGCAACUUACCAUAGCGAGCACUUUGUAUGACUCUGUGGACUUCUUGUUCUCAAGGCACAGGUAUUUAUUCUGUAAUCUGUCUAGAGCACACACCGAAGUCCAACCUUCUAAUAAACAUAAUGGCGCAGUCCCACUCCCUGCCUCGCCUCUUAGCCCCACUCUCCCAGGCCAGGAAGCUUCGGGCAACAGUGAGGGGAAAGGGGCCUUGCAGGGAAAGACAGAAGCUCCUGCCCUCCUGACCCUGAUUCUUUCCCACACCUAGCCUGUUCCAGGUCUAUGAAUGUCAAUUUGUCAGACACUCUAUCUACUGUAAGCUUCAUUUGACAAAUAUUUGCCAACGGCCUCCAGGCCCUGCCCCCAUGCUGCAUGGACCCUGGUAUCUCUUUGAGGUUCUGCCAGUGUGCGCUUAGCUAGGACAGACAAAGGAAGAAAUGCCUUUCUGUUAAGUCUUGCAACAUUUACUUACUUCAGUUCACAAAUAUUUAUCAAGCACAUGCGAAGUGCCAGGCACUGCAGAGAUGGGCACAGGGCCUUGGUCCCAAUAGGCAGAGAGUCACUCAGUUCUGUGGUUCCUUGGUGACUGGUCCUUGCUCCCAAGCAUGGAAGGAGACAAAGCAGGAAACACCUAGAUGCUGGGAUGAGUAGAGAUAAGAUGAAAAAGUCACCAUAUGCCAUAUUCUUGGGCAGAGCUCAAAGUCUACCAGAUUUUGGCAGCUGAAUGUGAGUCCUCAUUGCUCAAUCAAUGAAAGUGAGUCGUCACUCCUCAGAAUUGCUGAGGGCCCAGAAACCUGCACUUUAACAUCCCAGUAAUCCUGGUACACCCUGGUAUUGUUAGAGUGAGAGACCACAGCACUGAAGUUUCCAAUGCUGUGGGAGUCUGCUCAGACCUGGGCUGUACACGGUAAAGCAGCACAUUAUCCAAGUGAGUUUUUCCAGCCUUGCUUCUUCUUAAAGAUUAUUAGGGAACUAGAGCAUCAUUCUGGCAUAUGGAAUACUAGGGACCCAACUCUUAAUACUUAAGGGUCCAAGGUUUGAUCCACUGUGCUAACAUACUAGAUGUUGAGAAGUGUUGUCGCGAGAAACUAAGGUCCCUGUCACAGGGACCUAUGGGAUAGGAGAGCGUUGGAGUGAGUGUGUGUGUGUGAGAGGGAGAUCUUUAAAAGGCUCUCUGGUCUCAGUAAAAAAAAAAAAAAACAUCUGGUUUGUCGCCAGACCUCUUGUAUGAGACUCCAUAUGCCACAGAGCAGUCUGUCUUUGCUACUAGGAGGAGGAACAGUCUCUGUUGACUGCCUAGCGCUCUUAUCCUUGACUGGGUAGAAUCAGACUGAACUCCUGCCUCCCCAAAAGCCUAGAGCACGAGAGUCAUGGGUAGGUCUUAUGCCUGUGACCUAUGUUCUAGUCACCCUUAAAAAAUAAAGACCUACACUGGA